AGAAGAACCAGAGCAAGACUACAGUCUCUUAACCCUUCUUCCAUUUUUGUUAACUGGUUUACAGGCAAUCAAAAGCAAGAUUGCAAUAAAGGAAAAUGAUUGGCUAUUUGCGCGAAAAAAUUGCGAUUUCAACCAUAUUUGGUGCUGCCUACGUAGCUUACUUCAUCGCUGUUCUUGUCAUUCAAACAGACUUGGAGAAAGGUGAUUACUGGUGCGAUGCUGAUGGCUUGCUCAUCAUUUUGACGGCCAUUGCCGCCAUCAAUAUUCUGUAUUUUCAGAUAAUCAAACCUUACUUCGGGAAAAGGAUAUAUCGACUGGUAAUAAAACCAGUGGCCAAGAUUGUCAAUCAGGCCUUCAGCCAUACGACUGUGGUAGUCGUAUUUACUCUGGCAGUUUUCGGAGGGCUGUUGGCGUUCCUGAUAAUCGACGCCUGGGACGAGAUGAGGCGUCUUCAGUCCCUCGUCGGCAUCGUCGUUCUGAUCCUGGUGGGAUUCGUCUUCUCGGCUGCGCCAGGAAAGAUCAGAUGGCGCCACAUCUUCUGGGGACUAGGCAUUCAGUUUAUACUAGGCCUACUCAUCCUGAAGUGGCCUGUAGGAGAAGCGAUCUUCAAGUGCUUGUCUGGAAAGGUCACGACCUUCUUAGGGUUCACAGAUGUAGGCUCAUCCUUCGUGUUCGGCGAUUACCUUGUGUACACACUGGGAGUAUUUGCUUUUAAGGUGCUGCCAGUGACGCUGUUCUUCAGCUUUUGCAUCCAGAUCCUCUAUUACUUUGGCGUCAUGCAGUGGUUUGUGCUCAAGCUGGGAUGGUGUCUCCAAGUAACAAUAGGAACUACUGCUUGCGAAAGUGUUAAUGCUGCUGCUAAUAUCUUCCUGGGUCAGACGGAGGCACCACUUCUCAUCAAGCCCUAUCUGUGGAAGAUGACGAAGUCUGAAAUCCACGCUGUCAUGACCGGAGGAUUUGCUACCAUCGCUGGCUCUGUGAUGGCAGCUUACAUCAGUUUUGGCAUUGAUGCUGCCAGCUUACUCUCGGCUUCAGUCAUGAACGCCCCAGCUGCUCUGGCACUCUCCAAGCUCUUUUAUCCGGAAAUAGAAAAAUCCAGGACGACCACCAAGGACAUCAAAAUUGGCAGAGGGGACGAGGCUAACUGGCUUCACGCAGCCAUGGUGGGAGUCUCCAACGCCUUGCCAAUGAUCGCAAACAUUGCGGCCAACCUCAUCUGCUUCUACGCUUUCGUCGACCUUUGCAGUCACGUGACCAACUGGAUGUGCGUUCUCGCAGGUACCGACGAGGGAGUUUGCACCAUUGAGAAUAUCUUCGGGUACAUUUACAUGCCCGUGGCAUGGGUCCUUGGCGUGGACUGGUCUGAGUGCCAUAAGGUCGGAGAGCUGAUCGGCAUGAAGACGAUUAUUAACGAAUUCAAAGCUUACGAUGAACUGGCAAAGUUGGUCAAAGCAGGGUCGAUAUCCAAACGGGCUGAGCUGAUUUCCACGUACGCCCUCUGUGGCUUCGCAAACAUCAGUUCGGUGGGCAUCGUCCUGGGCGGACUGGGGUCACUGGCGCCCGAGAGGAAACACGACAUGGCCCUCAUCGUCGUGCGCGCGAUGGUUGCCGGGAGCUGCGCCAGCUUCCUCACCUCGUGUAUCGCAGGAACAAUGUUGUCAGACGACUCGAUCUCAAGAAAUGCAACAACCAUCUCAUCGUACGUUACGGAAGCACUAGACUUCUGACCUACCCGACGUUGUGUUUAAGGCGAGGCAAAGAAAAAAAAAAAGUGUGUCAUUUUCUAAACUAGUGGUCCUCAAUUACCUUGGAUGAAGGACCACGUGGCUUUCAGAAUCAAAUGCCACGGCCUGUCAGCUGAAUUGGAGGUCUAGGCCAAGUCUAGGCCUUGGAACGCGGUAACUCUAGUUACAAGGCUUGUGGUCUUGGAGAUCGCACCCGAGGCCAGUUCCAUGUCGCUAAAUCUAGGAUAAUUUUAUGCAAUUUACUUCUGGUAAUUUCUUUAUCAUUUCUCGAUAGUUUUAGCAACACAAAUGUUUUCAGAAUGAUCCGUUUCAAAUGAUUUUCGAACAAAUGUUAACUUUCAUCUGAACAAAUACUUCUCCGUUACUAUGUUAUCUUCUUACUUAACUAUUUUUUUUAUUUAAUAUGCUACAUUAAAAAUUUUGAUAGAGGUUAGAUUCUUGCAUGACUUACAGUGCUUUAAAAUGCGCUUGACUUUACACCUGAGGGGCCAUGAAGUCAUAUCACCUGUUUGUUGUAUUUACGAGUGGAAUCACAAGCAUCAGUUAAAGAAAGCGCAAGUGUCCAAGAUGUAAUGAGCUUGUAUUUUACGGAUACGUAAUGUUAAUUACGGUCGAGUUUAUUAUACGGAACACUCACGGGACGUGUGUUAUCUAUUUCUUUUCUCUCUCGGUCAAGCGCAAUUCUCUUCAGGAAAUCUGUAAUGUGUUGAGCUGUUUCCAGGUCCAGGUCAAUCCAGGUCAACUCACUGCGAGUCUUAUAGUGAAAAAAAAGAAGCAGUAGCUCGGUCUCAGUAUUAUCAGAGAUGAUCACAAAUUACAUUCGGAUCUAACAAAGCUUUAAAUGUCAAUAAAUACCUCAGUCCUUGUAUUUCCUCGGCUCUGUACUUGAUGCCUGACAAUGAGAUAAUCAAUCUGCUGAAAUACCUUGAAAACUAAACAGUUAAAAUAGAAACUUAGCAUUAGUUGCGGAACAGUCAUACAGGUUGAUUUAAUGGCUUUCCUACCACAUGUAUAUUUUAGGUGGUUUUAUACAGCAUUAAUACUUCUACGCAAUAUAAGAAUUUGUUUUCUGUGAUUAUUUCAGCACUCAUGCAGAAUCAGUUUCUGAAACCUCAAUUACUUGAACCCAUUUCACUGACUGUGACAAAUUUCUUCGCAUUGAUGACUCGCAGACUAAUUGAUUGGAUGGCUAGUCGGUUGUUGAAGAAAUGUAUGGCAAGGCCGUGUACGGUUAUCGACGCUCGACAAAUUGAAUCCUAUGGUUGUUGAAGAAAUGUAUGGUAAGGCCGUGUACGGUUAUCGACACACAAUAAAUUCAGACUUGAAUGAUAUGGUUGUUGAAGAAAUGUAUGGCAAGGCCGUGUACGGUUACCGACACACGACAAUUUGAAUCCUAUGGUUGUUGAAGAAAUGUAUGGCAAGGCCGUGUCGGUUAUCGACGCACGACAAUUUGAAUCCUAUGGUUGUUGAAGAAAUGUAUGGUAAGGCCGUGUACGGUUAUCGACACACGACAAAUUCAGACUUGAAUCCUAUGGUUAAACUUGACACUUUGGAAUUGGACUCGGUCUCAGACUAGGUUAGUGAGGAGUAAGACUAAGCAUUUGCCCAGGCACAGGAAGUUGUGGACUCCACCACAACACUGCCAUGAGUGACAAUGACCGAACAUUAUUUAAGUAGAAAACGUCUAUGUAAAAACAUUAUUUGAUUGAACCGCGUUUCUUUUUUAUUUAAAAAAAAAAACUUUUUUUCGAAAGCAGUUAUUCGUUAUCGAAGAAAAAAUUUUCUAGCAUCCGCUAAACAUUAACAGACCAGACCAAAGUGAAGAAUCAAGCGGCCAUUGAGCCAUUUAAAAUAAGUUUAUGCUGAGAAUCAGGUUUUUAAAAGGACACCACAAGCCACUUCAUUAACAUGCGGAUGAUGGUAUCAAAUACUCAUGAAUGAGUAAACCCCUCUUUAAGCGUUACGUAAGUCCAGGCUCUUGUCCUACGUCUGAGGAGAGCAUACCACAACAACUAGUUUUUCUCGGUUAAGUUUGGUCUGUUUGGUCUGACAACUCUCAGCUUUGCUGGACUUGGAUCAUAUGGGAGAUAUGGCGAUUAUAUAUUUUGAACUACAUUUGACAGCAUACUAGGUCUAAAUGUCAUGACACCUGAAGGCCAAAGGACGCUUAUUUUUGAAUUUACUUAACCCCAGCCAAAGCAACUGUCUGGAUGCAACUCACGUCUGGCCGAGUAAGUGACUGACAGAAAUCAGCUGAUAAGACGUAAACAAAUCUGAACGUGGACUACUUACUAUAGUGAAUGAAUCACACAUUCGUGCCAGGCAAGCAUCAGCUGUAUAUGAAUAAUAGGUAUUUGAGGAAUAAAGCUCGGUAUUAACUGGCCUCGUUAAUCCAGAUUAAUCGGUUAAAAUUAGUAAUCCCCUUUAUCCGGCUGCGUGAGGGUUUCAUUUGCAACUGGUAGAGAUUUAAAAGUCUAAUAUUAAGGGAAGUUGAAUCAGUGCAUAAAAUAGGAAUCCAGGAUUAAUACUGUGGAAAUGUGUUAGUUAUCUGAGAAAAGGAAUUAAAAGGAUCACACACACACAUACACACAUAUACACACACACACACACACACACACACACACACACACACACACACAUAUAUAUAUAU